UCUCUCUCUCUCUCUCUCUCUCUCUGGGAGCGGCAGGAUGUGCGAAUGAGGGCGCGAGACAGAUAAACAGAGACACGCAGAACUUCAGCAAAGGGACAGAGGAGGAGACAGCAAAAAUAUUUAGGGACAUUUAUACACGUGACACCUCAAUCCUGUACAGCUAUGUCAGUUAACUCUCCCAGUAGUAGUGAUGCAUGUUUGAGCAUCGUUCACAGUCUGAUGUGCCACCGGCAAGGUGGAGAGAAUGAGGGAUUUGCCAAGCGUGCCAUCGAGAGCCUUGUGAAGAAACUUAAAGAGAAGAAGGAUGAGCUGGAUUCUCUUAUAACCGCCAUCACCACAAACGGUGUCCACCCCAGCAAAUGUGUCACCAUCCAGAGGACACUAGACGGCAGACUGCAGGUAGCAGGGCGAAAAGGCUUUCCUCAUGUCAUAUAUGCUCGACUGUGGCGUUGGCCAGACCUCCACAAAAACGAGCUGAAACAUGUCAAAUUCUGCCAGUAUGCCUUCGAUCUCAAGUACGACAACGUAUGCGUCAACCCCUAUCACUAUGAACGAGUGGUGUCUCCAGGCAUAGUUGGACUAAGCUUGCAUUCCGGAGAAAGGCCAAUAAAGGAAGAGUAUAUACACGACUGUAUUCAGAUGGAUGUUCCACCCAGAAUGUCAUCCCAGCAGGAUCAUCAUGGCCCAGAGCACUACAGCCAACAGCUGCCCCCACUCCAGCUGCCCCAAGAGACCCAUCGCCAUGUCCCUGCUUCAGUAACCCUCUACCCCAGCCUGCCCCUCUCACCACCUUCGAGCAGCUCCAGAAUGUCCUUGCAAGGUAGCCAUCCAGAGGGCCUACUACAAAUCGCCUCUGCUCAAAGCAGGGCUAUGGUAUCCUGCUCUCCCCCCACCACCCCUACACACACACCAACAAACACAACAACACAUAGCAAGACGUCAGCCCAGCAACGUGAUGCAGAUCACUGUAGUCAGGGUGAUUACAGCACCCCGAAACAAACACAGGCACAGACCUCCUACCACACAACAACUUGGACAGGCACAAGCACUGCCUCCUAUACACCAAUGGGGUCCCAGCAGAAUGGGCGGAGUCACCAGCAGGGUCCUCCCCACCACACUGGUCAUUUCUGGUCUCAACAUCACACUCCAACCUCAUACCCACAGCCAGUCUCCAACCAUCCAGGUCCAGAGUUCUGGUGCUCAAUCUCAUACUUUGAGAUGGAUAUCCAGGUGGGGGAGAUGUUUAAGGUCCUGGCUAAUUGCCCACUGGUAACUAUAGACGGCUAUGUGGAUCCAUCCGGAGGAGACCGCUUCUGUCUGGGGCAGCUGAGCAAUGUGCAUCGCACAGAUGCCAGUGAACGAGCACGGCUCCACAUUGGUAAAGGUGUACAGCUAGAGUGUCGUGGGGAAGGAGAUGUAUGGAUGCGAUGUCUCAGUGAUCAUGCUGUCUUUGUGCAGAGCUACUACCUGGACAGGGAGGCAGGAAGAGCACCAGGGGAUGCUGUGCACAAAAUCUACCCAGGAGCUUAUGUGAAAGUAUUUGACCUUCGUCAAUGCCAUAGGCAGAUGCAACAGCAAGCAGCAACUGCACAGGCAGCUGCAGCUGCACAGGCUGCAGCGGUGGCUGGAAAUAUUCCAGGACCUGGCAGUGUAGGGGGCAUUGCCCCUGCCAUCAGUUUUUCUGCUGCAGCAGGAAUAGGAGUUGAUGAUUUGCGUCGGCUGUGUAUUUUGCGUCUGAGCUUUGUGAAGGGUUGGGGACCGGAUUACCCACGCCAAAGCAUUAAACAAACGCCAUGCUGGAUAGAGGUGCAUCUCCACCGGGCGUUGCAGCUGCUGGACGAAGUGCUACACACCAUGCCCCUCGCUGAGCCCAGCCCUGCCAACUGACAUGGUAACAGCGUAAUCAAACACAGCAUCUCAGAAGAAUCCACAACAGGGAACAAUGGAGGAGAGAUGGAGAGAUGACGAUAUGCUCCAUAGCUUCUCCCACAUACACAGCAUGCCCACGUGAACAGACAGUGACUCAUGGAAGGAGGCAGACACUUAUGCAAGCUUUCCAUUGCCACGGCCAGCAGACUGAGUGGACCUUAGUCCUGACCAGUGUAUAGUCCAAUCAUAAGACUGUUGACUCACAUGGAAAUACAGACCAGAGAAAGAUGUUCUUAAGGCACAGGUGAACAGGAGUCCCUGGAAUUGGUGAAACGUUGAAUAUGCAGGUCAAUUUAACAAAAACUAAUGAGGCAUGGUAUUCUUGGCCCAGGAUAUGAUUUUAAAUGCUGAGUUAUUCUGUCAGAUCAACACCAAACUCGGCUAAAUAUAGGUAAUGGGAGGACAAUCAUUAUUUCUUUUGUUACAAUGCGUUUUUAACUCUGGGACGGUAUUUAAGAAAAGUAUUUUUAUUCAACCAAACCAAAGUACCUUAAUUACCAAAGUAAUCCUAAAUAAUUAGAGCAAAAUAUUUUAUUGUUUUAAUGCCAAAAUGGAUGUAUAGCAUUUUAUAUGCUGCAAAACCAAAAUGGCAGCUUCUUUAGAGUGCACAGAAAAUGACAACUCAGAGUAAACAAAGCAAAGGAUUUCAUAAUGUUUAAUACAUAUUGUCUUUCUGUUCAUGUUCAUGCUUCGUCUUUUAGAAUGUUUAGGUGUUUCUUUCUGUUCCACCCCACCUCUGACAUUUUGUGCCUUAUUACCAAUGAGUACCUUUGUUAUAUAAAUCUAUGCAAAAAUAUUUUUUUUAGUUUAUUACCGAUUUCAUUUGUUUUAAACACACAGGCUGAACUAGUCAUGACUUUUAGAAGUUUCAGGCAGUUUAAAGCAGUUUAGUAGAAUGUUAGAUGCAUUGAUUUUCUUUUCUCUUUGUCAUUCAGGUGUGUCAUCCACAAGCAUGAAAUGCUCCCUGAUGAACAGUCUUCAGUUAUUUAAACAUUUAGGAGCCAUGUAGUUGUUAUUGGUAUUACUUGAAACCAGCUUCAUAGAAUGACUGUAAUUCUUUCAAAUAUAAUCCAAGUUUGUGUCUGAACGAUCUUUAAGUAUACAAAAAUCUACUACAAAGACUUAGCAGUAAUGAUGUCAGUAUGGCAUUAUUUUUAACGGGUUUCCUGAACUAAGAAAAAAACAGUCAUUUAUAGAUGAAGUUCUUUAAGUGGCUGCAAGCACAUUAGCCAUAGUCAUCAGUGGAAGCAUAAACUAAGCACCAAAUACCCCACACAAGCUUUACUCCAAAGGUAUGAUGAGUCAUAUAAAAGUGUAUGCUAACUGGUUUUGCACACUACAAUCUUUUAUAAUAUUGCUGGAUGCUAUAAUAAGGUAAACCUAACCAGGUUUCCCUUUAUCUUUGUAAACGUUAUUAAAGGCAUAGAUUGAACCUAAAA